AGCCAGACUAGCAGCCAGUCGGGACGAAGCGGUAGCCACGAGCAGCAGCAAUGUCCCUGGUAGAACCCAGGCAAAAAGUGCUCCCCCUAUUGGCCGCAUUGUCCACUCUGCUUCUUCAACCGGGGGAUUCUAGAAUCACGUACGAACCCACCUGGGAAUCUCUGGAUUCCAGACCGCUUCCAGCAUGGUUCGACGACGCUAAAUUCGGCAUCUUCAUCCAUUGGGGAGUGUUCUCAGUGCCCAGCUUCGGGAGCGAGUGGUUCUGGUGGUACUGGCAAGGAAUGAAGUCAAAAGCUUAUGUAGAUUUUAUGUCAAAUAAUUUUCCUCCCAACUUCCGAUAUGAAGAUUUUGGCCCGAUGUUUACUGCAGAGUUCUACAAUCCUAAACAGUGGACUGAUAUACUGGGCGCUUCUGGGGCCAAGUAUGUUGUCCUGACUUCAAAGCACCACGAAGGUUACACACUGUGGGGAUCAAAAUUCUCUUGGAAUUGGAAUUCUGUAGAUGUAGGCUCCAAACGUGACCUAGUUGGGGAGCUGGCAGAAGCUGUUAAGAAUUGCACUGAUUUGCGUUUUGGACUGUAUCACUCGCUGUUUGAGUGGUUCAAUCCUCUGUUUCAGUGUGAUAAAAAUAACGGUUUCAAGACACGUCUGUUUCCUCAAGCUAAAUCUUUGCCUGAGCUUUAUGAAAUUGUGACAAAAUACAAGCCAGAGAUCCUCUGGUCUGAUGGUGAUGGAAAUGCCCCCGAUGUAUACUGGAACAGCACUGGCUUCCUGGCCUGGCUCUACAAUGAAAGCCCAGUGCGUGAUACUGUUGUUACCAAUGACCGCUGGGGCUCUGGUUGUAUCUGCAAACAUGGUGGAUAUUAUACCUGCGCUGACCGCUACAACCCUGGACAUCUUUUAGCUCACAAAUGGGAAAACUGCAUGACCAUUGACAAACGUUCCUGGGGCUAUCGAAGAAAUGCUCGGAUCUCAGAGCUACUUACCAUUGAGGAAUUGGUACAGGUGCUGGUGGAAACUGUGUCAUGUGGUGGCAAUUUGCUUAUGAACAUUGGCCCCACGUCCGAUGGUCGAAUUCCUGUUCUAUUUGAAGAACGGCUGAGACAGAUGGGUCAGUGGCUUAAAGUUAAUGGGGAAGCAAUCUAUAGUACAAAGCCUUGGAGGGCACAGAAUGACACAGUGAAUCCUGAUGUUUGGUAUACAUGUAAACCACAAGAACAAGUUUUGUAUGCCAUAUUCCUGAAAUGGCCAAUAUCUUGGAAAAUAACGCUGGGAGAGCCUACAGUUACUAUUGGAAAGACACAGGUGCAUCUGAUUGGUGAUGGAAGAAAUCUGUAUUGGGAGCCGUUAGGAGAGAAGGGAAUGGUGGUACAUUUGCCAAUACUCAAUCCCACACAGUUUACUGUCCAAUGGGGAUGGGUUCUUAAAAUAAGCUAUUUAAAUGAACAUGUAUCUAAAACUUCAGGGUACAUGCUAAGGCAUAAUUCAAUUUUAUAAAAUAAGACAUUUAUUUUUUUACUGGAAAUUGAAUAUAAACAUGGAUGCUUAUUACCUGAUUAUACAUUUU